CCCUUCUACGCAGUCAAGUGCAAUACGGAUCGUGUUCUUGUGCGCACGUUGGCCGCCCUGGGCGCGGGAUUUGACUGUGCAAGCCGAGAGGAAAUAGAUAUUGUACGAGUCCAAGUUCCAUCUUUACGUCGAACUGUUCUUGAAGUGAUGGACAUGGGCGUGAGGCCUGAAAAAAUCAUCUACGCCAAUCCGUGUAAGACUCGGUCGUUCAUCACCCACGCAAAGGAGAGGAACGUUAGCAUGAUGACAUUUGAUAGUGUCGAAGAGUUGGCGAAAAUCGCUCAUCUGCAUCCUGAUGCCAAGAUGAUUCUACGCAUCGCUGUUUCUGACCCGACAGCCCGGUGCCCUCUGAACCUGAAGUUCGGAGCCGACCCUGUGAGGAAGGCGCCUCAUCUGCUUGUACACGCAAAAGAGCUUGGAGUGGAUGUGAUAGGCAUAAGUUUCCACGUGGGAUCUGGCUGCAACGAUCCUUCAGCCUUUCGUGAGGCUUUGACUCAUGCUCGUCAUUUGAUCGAGCUCGGACGGGGCUUGGGAUUCGAUAUGAAUCUGGUCGAUUUGGGUGGAGGUUACCCGGGAACACUUCAGCAGACAUCAUUUGAAGAUAUUGCUGCCGUCAUUCGUUCAGCUGUGGAUGAGUUUCUUCCUCCUGAGUACGGUGUACGUUUGAUUGCGGAGCCCGGAAGAUUCUUCGCUGCUGCUCCCUUCACGCUCGUUUGCAACAUUAUCCACGCCACAGAGGUGUCAGCUGAGAAAAUAACUAAACGUCCUGAGGAUGCUGACCAUCGCGGGUUCAUGUACUACGUGAAUGAUGGAGUGUAUGGUUCCUUCAAUUGCAUACUAUUCGAUCACGUUGAUCCUGUUGGAACACCCCUUUUUGACCAAAAGAUGAUGCGAAUGAUGUCUGUUGGAGAGUGGAUUGUCUAUCAGAACAUGGGAGCCUACACUUGUUCAGCGUCCACCACUUUCAAUGGAUUUCAGCGACCGAACGCUAUCUACGUGAUCAGCAGAAAGAAUUGGGCAAGGAUUUCGUCUUCACCCAUCGUCUAG